UCACGCACACCACACAAACGCAGCAUAACGCGUCGUUCGACGUCGGUGUUUGUGUCUACGUCACGUCGGUUUAAAUUAUGAUUUAGCUCCCCGCAACUGCGAAGGCAUCUCAAUUGAAGCACAUAAUGCUCCCUCAAUUGCAUAACAGCACUUGCGCAUGAGUAUGUGUGUGUGGGGAAACGCCAGAGAACCGAAACACACCACACGGAGCAGAAGCGAGUGGAAAGGCGACGAGAAUAUCCAAGUACAACAGAUUUAAGGAGAAAAAUCAUAUUUUUCGGUCAAAAACCGUCGCCAUGUCCGGCUGAUAACUAUCGAUAGCGACCGACUAUCGCAGAACCAAACAGUAUUCGCCAGAACAACUUCACUCAACCGCUGAAAGUCACCACAGAAACUGCAGCCCUGGAAGAUGGCCUCUUUGGCGCACUGCUGACUGGCCACACCGAACAGCCCCGAUUUAGUUGCUGUUUUUUUUACAUAACUCGCCACAUUCGCUCGCCUCGGAAUCCGUGACACUUAUAUUUAUAUGAGAAUAUAGUAUAUUAUGGCCGUUUUCCUGAUCAACGUCUGCAAGUACAAUGGCUGCGGCAUCACAUUUCCGAGCUUGAGCGAUCUGAUUUCCCACAUCGAGGACACCCACAUAGACUAUGACCCCAAGGUGGUGGAACAGAAGGAGCAGGCCCAGCCUGCCUGCCUGCCCCUGAGCUACGUCCUGCGCUUCAUCACCGAGGAGAACCGCAAGGAGGCGGGCUCGUACCUCGCCAGCAACACCACCGCCCCACCGACGACCAACAGCGGAUCCAAUUCCGCUGGCCAUGGCAACGGCAAUGUGGAGCUCAAGCGGAAGCUGGCCAUUAAGCACCACAGCUACAGUAUGUCCUCGUCCAACCGCAGCACGACGCCCACAGGCAGCGAAAUGGACGAGGACGAAAUGGUGGUAACGGAGUCGGAGGAUAGCAACGACUCCUGGACCACCGAGGAGUUCAGUUCCGAGUUCAUAAUGCGCUACGGCAGCAGGCACUCCGGCGGCGGAAACAACGGUACGCCCGGCAAUGAAAAACCCUUCGCCUGUCCUGUUCCGGGUUGCAAAAAGCGCUACAAAAACGUCAACGGCAUCAAGUACCAUUCAAAGAAUGGCCACAAGAAGGACGGAAGGGUUCGCAAGGGCUACAAGUGCCACUGCGGCAAGAGCUACAAGACGGCCCAGGGCCUGAAAAACCACGCUCUGCACACCCACAACUCGCAGCCGGAUAGCGUGCUCAAUGCCCAGCUGGCCAUAGGCGACGGCGUCACAGCGACUGCCGCUCCGGUGGGCAGCAGCAACACCUCCAACCCGAACCCGCCGCCCAUCAUUCAGCGCAGCAACUCGCCCUCGCAGUCGCUGGGCUCCCUGAGUCCGUCGAGCAUCAGCAACAUGUCGAGCAGCGCCAGCAGUUGCCACGGAGGCAGCAGCAGUCUGUCCAACGGGAACAACAACGGCAACAGUGGCAGCGCCACCGGCAGCACUGCCAUUCUCACUGGCAACGGGAACGUCCUGCAGCAGCUGAGCGCCGGGAACGUGGUCACCCUGACCAACCUCCCCACGCAGCAGCAACAACAGCAGCAGCCGCAGCAGCAGCCACUCCACCAGAGCACUGCAACAGGUAACAGCAACAACAAUUUAAUGCGCAGCACACUCGGUUUAGUAUCCAUUAAAGCCAACAACACGCCGACAGCCAAGUCGGUUAGCAAUCUAAUGGCUGCCAAUGCCACAGCCAGCAAGAUACUUAAGCUGGCCACCAAUGUGGCCAAUGGUGGCUCCACCAUGGACAUUGUGCAGCAGCAACAGCAGCAGCACAACAAGACUGCAGCCAGUGGCCAGACCGUGCUUAAUGGCAGCAAACCACUGCCCAACUUGGUCAACCUGGGCAUUCUCACGCCGGCCACUUCACCCACCAAGAACACACAGACGCUGACCUUCACCACCACAAACGGAAGCACUCAGCAGCAGCAGGCGCUGGUGGCCUCGUUGGCCAAGAAGACCAACAUACUGUUGCUGCAGGAGCCGAGUCAGUUGUUGCAGCAGGUGCAACAGCAGCAGCAGCAACAGCAGCAGCACCAGCAGCAGCAGCAGCAGGUGCAACAGCAGCAGCAGUGUCAUGUGUUGCCCAUCAGUCCAACAAGCAGCAUCAGCGGAAACAGCAGCAAGAGCAGCUCUCCCACGCCACAACAACAGCAGCAACAGCUGGUGAAGAAGGGCAAGUUGGAGCUGCUGGAAGCCAUGGACACGGACGAGGGCCAGAGCGAUGCCAUUUCCGAGAGCGUGGCUGCGGCAAUCGCCAGCAUCACGGACUGCAAGGAGGACAUGGGAGGAGCCACCGUGGCAGGCAUUGAAGUUGUAGGCGCUGGCGCCGUCAACGAAGAGACGUAGCCUAUACUCAAGCAGCUGUUGAUGCACCGAAAACUGACGCUGGAAACACCCAAGGCACCGAAUUGACCAGCUCCUCCGUAUACGAAAGACAUUCUUGACCUGCAGAAUGCCAAUCUUGGGGGGCAGACCCACUCACUCACCAAAACAACCAUUUGGAAUAAUUUUGUAGACUGCUUUUAGGUUAGAGACCAGCAACUUAAGUUGUGUUUUAGUUUAGCCUCCGUUUGUAUCAUAUAACAACCGAAAACAACCCACAAAUCGCAUUGUUUGUGCAAUAUUUAAUUUUUUUAUGAUCUGAAGAGAGUAUUUUAAAAAUCUUUAUUUGUAUGUAUGAUUAUCGUGCUUGUAUUAAACUAUUUACGACUGCUGAUCUCCUCUUAAUUUAAUUAGGCUAUAAAAACCACCUCCACACAGACGAUGCGCGAGCAACAACUGUAAUAAACACGCAGCAAAAAGCAAAUUUCAAAUUCAUUUCCAAAUUCACUUUAAUUAUUGUUAGCACUACCACCUAAAACUUAUUUAAUCUCGGACUUAGCUUUAGUGACUACACGUAUUCGACUAAAACCAAGUAUUAUUUAUGUGUUAAGCUCUAGCAAAUUGAAUUUUAUUAUACGAUAUAUACACACAAAACAGCACCCACA